GCGGACGGAGGAGCAGCGAGUCAAGAUGAGAGUUCAGGACCAGAUUGUAGAAUGAGUAAUGCGUCAGAAAGGAGUAAAUGUGGAAUGGAGAGUCAGAGUGGGGACGGCAACACAGAAAUCCAAACGAAUGGACUGGACUUUCAGAGGCUUCAGACCACAAGCGCAAUCACCAACGCUCACACACAGGCUCUCCUCCAACAGUCCAAGUCAGAAGACUCGGGUGCAAUUCCGACAUCGGUCCAGCAGGGGGUGCUGCCUCAGGCCCAGCUCAUGCUGGCUGGGGGACAGAUAGCUGGAUUGACCCUGUCUCCAGCGCAGCAGCAGUUGUUGUUGCAACAGGCCCAGGCCCAGCUCCUAGCAGCAGCCAUGCAGCAGCAGUCAGCCAGCCAGCAGAGCAGCACUACGGGGGCCAGCAUCUCUGCCUCUGCAGCCACCCCUAUCACACAACUGCCCCUGUCCCAGCCCAUCCAGAUCACCUCUAUUCCCUCUGGUUCUACCCAUCUUCCAGGCCAGCUAAGCCAGCUGGGAUACCCCUAUGAGAUGGCGACCUUCAGCAGUUACCUACCUUUACAACAGCUGCAGCAGCAGAACCUGACCAUGCCCCAGUUUGUCCUAGUUCAGCCUGGCCACCACAUCGCUACCCAGCUGCAGCCUGGCCAGUUCAUCAUCUCACAGUCACCACAGGGCCAGCAGAGUCUCCUGCAAGGCCAGAGUCUUCUAACUCAACUACCUCAAAGCCAAGCCAACCUCCUGCAGACUCAUCCCAGCAUCACGCUCUCCACACAGCCAGCGACUCCAACCCGCACGAUAGCAGCCACUCCCAUCCAGCCUCUGGCCCACAGCCAGACCUCGCCCCCUAAACGCCUGGCCACGCCCAGUCUGGAGGAGCCCAGUGACCUGGAGGAGCUGGAACAGUUUGCCAAGACCUUCAAACAGAGACGCAUCAAACUGGGCUUCACACAGGGAGAUGUUGGCCUGGCUAUGGGCAAGCUGUACGGUAACGACUUCAGCCAGACCACCAUCUCCCGCUUCGAGGCCUUGAACCUGAGCUUUAAGAACAUGUGCAAGCUGAAGCCACUGCUGGAGAAGUGGCUCAACGAUGCAGACAAUCUGUCGUCUGACCAGGCCCUGUCCAGCCCCAGCGCCCUGGGCUCCCCUGGCCUGGGUAUGGAGGGGCUGAACCGCCGACGCAAGAAGAGGACCAGCAUCGAGACAAACAUCCGUUUGGCCUUAGAAAAGAGAUUUCUGGAACAGAACCAAAAACCUACCUCUGAGGAGAUCACCAUGAUCGCCGACCAGCUCAACAUGGAGAAGGAGGUGAUCCGGGUGUGGUUCUGUAACCGGCGGCAGAAAGAGAAGAGGAUCAACCCCCCAAGCGGUGGAUAUAGCAACACCGGGACAGGAAGCAGCCCCAUCAAAACCAUCUUCACCCCUACGAUCCCCCUGGUGGCCAGUACGGCCAGCCUUGUGACCAGUAACACACCGACCACACUGACUGUAAACCCAGUGAUGCCUCUCAACAGCACCAGCGUGUCUGGCCUGACCUUCACAGGCACGACCAUAGGAGCGACCACAAACACGGCGUCUGUCAUCUCCACGGCACCCAUGGUUACUGCGGUGACCAGCUCCCCAUCGCUAAGCCCCUCCCUCACGGCCCUCCAGGCCACGGCGGCGGAGACCGGCGGAACCCAGGAGCACACGGUGGUCACGCAGGCACUGUCGUCCCUAGCGACCACUCUGGGGACGGGUCAGGUGAUGGUGGCUGGACUGGGCCUGUCGGCCGCCCUGCAAGGCGCCGCCCAGUUACCCACCAGCGCUAGUUUCGCCGCCAUGGCCGGACUUAACCAAGGACUUAUGGCGUCAUCGCAGUUCACUCCUGGGGGGGCCUUGCUGAGCUUGGCUCCAGGGGGGCUGGGAGGGGCUCUGAACCCCGCCAUGUUGAGCAACAGCACCCUGGCCACAAUCCAAGGUCUGUGGAGCGCUCUGGCAUCAGGCGGUGCUCUCCCCAUCACCUCGCUGGAUGGGAGCGGUAACCUGCUGUUCGCCAACACCUCCGCCGGCAGCACCCCCAACCUGAUGCAACCCCUCUUCCUGAACCCCCAGAACCUGUCCCUGCUCACCACCAACCCUGUCAACCUGGUGUCAGCCGGAGCUGCUGGGGAGGGGCCCUGCAGGUCUCAGCUGACCACCAGGUCACCACAGCGACUGUACCAGUUCCCGCCUCCACCAUCACCACUGCCUCCAGGGCCCAGUGAAGCUGGAGGCCUCAAAUGGAACCCUAUGCCCUAUUUAGUGCACUACUCUUGGUUAAAUGUAGCGUACGAUAUGUCUGGCUCUGGCCAUAUUAGGGCACUAUAUGGGGGAAUAGGGCUGUUGUUUGGGAUUUGGCCUUAGACUAAUGGCUCUACCCACCUGUUCCUCCUCUUCUCUCUGUCAUUAUUUAAAUAUUUUGCUGCCACCAAAAAGAAACCCUCUGUGAAGCGGGUUGGAAUUUAUUUUUUAAAGAAUGUUGGUCUUUUUUCCAUUCUCUCUUCCCUAGUACUCCAAAAAUGUUGGUCUUUUUUCCAUUCUCUCUUCCCUAGUACUCCAAAAAUGAUGUUUUUGGUCGUUGGAUGCGUCAGGUCACGCAGGAGGACUGGGGCGGCCAUUUUCUGAGGCAUGAUCGUCUUGAACUCUAUGGUUUGUGCUCCUUGUGUGACGCCUGACCAACGUCUUGGGAAAGUAAAUAACAGAGAAGACCCACCUUUUCUACUCCGUCACCUUUUUCACAAGUAGAGAUCUUUCUCUUCCCUGUUCAGAACUUAUUCUGAAGUACUUCUAACCAAAAAUGUGUGAUUUUACUUUUAAAAUGUUUAUUCUAACAAAAAUGAUUUACUACUAAGUUCACAAUCUACAUCAUCACUAAAAGGGGGGGGUUUGUGCGUCUCCCCUGUCUAGGUUGAGUUUAUAGUGUCGGCGGCUCUGUUGGAAAGGCCUCAGCACGAAUAUCAAAGUUUUAUUUUAGAAGCGUUCUUGUUUUAGUUUGUUUUCUCUUGUUUUUAUGUGAGUGGACAUUUUCAGAACUUUACGUAUAACAUUUUAACUGCUAUAUAUAUAUAAUUAGUUUUAUUGUGGUUAUAAGGCUUUAAAAAUCUAGUAAUAAUAAGUGGCUGAUACAUAACGGUUAUCGUUGCUUUAAGGAACAGGGUUAGCUGCGUGGUCUCUCUCUGGUCCUCUCGGUCUGGUAACACUGAGUUUGACAUUUCGCAGUAGCCCAGUGGCCAUGGAGCAUUUGUAAAUGGUAGUCUAGGUGCGGACCAUAGACACUGAUAUAAGAAAUGAUCACGCUUAGAGCUUUAACCCGGGUUACAUAUGGACCCAUGUCUGUGGGGUGGUGGUUGUGUGUUGUGGGGGGGUCAGGGUUCACAGUUCAUGGGUCAGGCAGUAUAGGGGCUAAGUGGUUUUCUUGUGACCUUUACAGCUCAGGCAAAUACAGACGCCUCAGUUAGCUGUAUGAUACAUGGAGCUCUGUGACUGAGUGUUCUCUGACGGUCUGUCUGUCUGUAUGGUUGCCAUGCCAACUGGAUGACGUUGGUGUGCGGUAGAUGGGGACGUUGUGUAUUUUUGCUGAGAUAUUUUUCAUUUUUUUUAAUGCCACCAAUGAACUGCAGUCUGCCUGUUUUGAAAGACUUAAACAUUCUGUCAUGUUUUUUAACAUGUUUUAUGGUCCUUUAUUUCUGCAGUCUUUCGACUGGCUUACUUCAAAUAUACCAAAAAUAUUUGUUAAAACUAGUGCUGUUUAUUGUCAGUGUAGCUUAGCCUAGUCCUAAUAUUUAUGAGUACAAACUCUCUCUCUCUCUCUCUCUACACACAACAGGAGAUGAAAAUGCAAUAUGUUGAUGAUCACUUUCCAAAGACAAACGUAUUUUUAAAUUUGACUAUGGCUCUCCCUGCUCAGCUUUAAAGUAGCAGGGCAAAUAACCAAAAAGAAAGGUAUGGGAAGACGGGAGGUCAGGUGUCUCCCUGAAUAAUGUUCAUAUAUUUGAGGGGUGUUUAGGUUUGAAUGGUAGCGGUUAUAUGAUAUCAAUGGGUGCUUAUCCUCUAGGCUCGGUCUCGUUUCUCUACAUGUUUCCCCCAUGAUGAUAUGGCAGACUGUCCUGACCCUUUCUAGACUGGCAUAUCCGAUGGGCAACAGUUUGGAUCGUAGUCAGGCUUUCAAUAGUCGGGUAAGGGCUGUCCAUUUUGAGUUUUUCUACUAAUCCUCAGCCAUGAAAUAAAAAGCUUGAACCAAAGUCGUUUUCUCACUAGCUGCUGUGCCUGUGUGAGCUAGCAAGUGCUGUUCACACAAUCACUAUUUUACAUAAUACUACUACUGACAAGUUUUCUCCUCUUAAACCCACCUGUGUGCAUCCCCCACCUCUAACCCGCUUCUAAGGAACAGGGAUAUUUUAGCUUUAAUGACCAGCUGCUUUAACUUAGAAUGGAGGCAAACGUUCUGCGUGUGUUUUUUCUUCUAGCUUUGUGACCAUAUCCUGUUAGCAGGUCUCGAUUUCCUGUGGUUGAAGCCUUCUCUCCUUCCCCUCAAUGCCCAGCUAGCUUUACUAUGGGGAGCUCAUCCACUGGCAGCACCAGUAAAGACGUUUCGGACCAAGAUCCUGACCUGUAACCAAGCAGCGUAGCCUCUGUGCUGCCCUUAUCGAACUGCCCCUUUUCGUAACAACAACAACAGCACACAGCAAUAGUGUUGUUCUGUCGGCCCUAACAUAAUCAGAUUAAUGACUGCCUAGUUUGAAAGCAGAGAAUUGGCUCCACGCUGUUCAGUUUUUGUGCUCCUUUUUCACCCGUGAAUUACUUUGACUAAAUACCUCAGCAGCACUUAGACAUUAGGUUCUCUAAGAAAUCUGACACCCGCUGAAUAUUAUAGAAUGUACAAGAACUGUAUGGCUGAAUUGUACAAGAUGGCAAAAAAGAGUCAUCGUUAUCUCAAACUAGGACAAACUACUACUGCUAUUUUCUAGUACUACUACUUAUGGGUAUUUCCAGGUUUUAACAGUUUAACAUUAUUUUGUGAUCCUUCUUGCCAAAGCAAAGCGAAAGCCUUUCUCUCUGCGGCUAGGUUGAUGUCUCCAUGCUGCUCACUUGGCUGGUGUUCUGUCUGAAUGGGACUUGUCGUUCUAUUUGUAGUCCUGUUUGUAGUCAUUCACCAGUCGUGAAGUGCGGUAGCUAGGUGAACCAGUGUCCAUUGGCACCAUUGGAAGUUAAUGAAAUAUUUAUCUGCGGAACGACUAAAGGAUAAGAGAAAAAAAGCUUUUUUUUCUUCUCUUCUUAAUUCUAUACAUAUAUAUAUAUAUAUACACAACACAUGUAAGAUAUUCAUAUUUUAUAUUUGAACUAGUAUGUUAUCAAGACUGAAUGUGGUGUUUUGUCAUGCUUAUAUUCAAAAGACAAAAAAAUGUUUUUUUUAUUAAUCAUAGCAAUUUUGAAAAACUUUCAAGACCAAAAACUUAGACCGUGCCCCCUUGGUGCAUGAAUCACAGACACCUGUAGCCAUCAUGUGUGGGUGUGGUCUGUUGAGUGGGAGGGGCUUGCUCUGGUGCUCCUAUUGGACAGUCCCCGUUUGUGCUGUUGCUAGGGAAACAGACUGAAGCGCCUAAUCUUUCAUUGUCUUUUUUGUCUGUGUGUUUGGUUUACUAUGGACUUGAUUUGCUGUGCUGUUUUUAACAAUCGUUAGAUUUUUUUAAAAAUUACGUAUGCCUUUAAUUGUUUUGUAUAGCACGAGAGGGCAAGAUCACUGGCUUCCUUAGUUUGACAAAAUAUGAAAAUGAUCAUUUCCGCCUUAUCGUUAUUUAGAAGACAAAAGCAUUGUAGCAUAUGUUUGUGUGAGAGUAAUCUAGUGAGAGAGGCUGCCUCCUCGCUAUCUUUUGUGUUUAGCUAGCCUACUCAGUGCAUAGUUCUUGGGCUUGUGCUGUUCUGGCACAGUUAUGUUGCUACCUAUGACUUUAGGGGUGACUCAGACAGGUGGCAAUACCUGUAGGAAAAGCUUUACUAUUAACUGAGCUCCAGCAGAGGUGUGUGUGUGUGUGUGUGUGAGAGAGAAAGGAAGAGCUGACUGCAGACCACAACGGUGCAUUUGUUCUCAGCUUACAGAUAAAGUAUAAUGAUAAGAGCAUUCAAGGAAGAUGGGAAUGAGAAUAUGGAACAGUAGCUGAGUGUGUCAGUGAUCCAUUGCCUCUUUGUUGGUAUGCGAUGGUGCACAAGUGAAUCCUCUGGUUUGCUAUAUUUAAUUAUAACCUGUUGUGAUGGCUCAGUUAGUGGAUCCUUCAAACAUACAGGAUCUUUGUGCGUUAGAGUGGAUUCUCUUUGAUACCGUUUUAUUGUGUUUGGUGCCGUUGUGGAUCUGGAUGUCUCUCAGGUUUGUCUGAUGCUCUAGAAGUGGUUCUGUGUUGAUGCAUGUGGCGCAGUGGUUCUGUGUGGUGGGUGUAAAGGUUUAGUAAAGGGAGAGGGCAGCGAGACACCAGGAAGUCUGGGGUAACUAGCUUGGUUAAGGGAGCUGCUGUAUACCUCAUUUUUAGCUCGAGACUGAGUGAAACUUGCUUUAAAUCUACUUUAGUAAAGAAAAAAAUUAAACAUAAACAACACCAAAAACACAUGGUCCUAUCAGAGAAGCUCACAAAUGUCUGUUUUAAGAGUACAGAGUGUCAUGACAGCUGCUGCCACCGGGGGGAGAUGGGACAUACUCCAGCACUUAAGAAUGUCUGCUUCUCUUUAUUUUUUACAAGAACAACAUCAUCAUCGCUCACGCUAAACACACAGUGACCUCUCACACCUCCACCUCCGAUUAUAAUGCUGAAAGUAUACUCACAUUUCACUUUUUAGUAGUAUGUACUUGAUUUAUCCCAAUCUUAUUCUGUUUUCUAUGAUUUGACAAUCCUGUCCUUUUUUAUAUUCUUAUUUAGAUUGUAAAUGUAGAUGUUGGUGUGUCUACUCACCUGGUGGUGCGCUGCCUCGCUGCACUCUCUUUCCUGUGGUAAUGUUAACCAAAGACUUCCAAAGUGAUUGUAUAUGGACUAGACCAUCUCUCACCCCUCCGCCUCAUCAUCCCACGAGAAAAGACAUGCAGCUGUGAUCACACACGCUCUUCCCUGAGCACCUGUAAUGUCGAUACGCCUGUAUGGCAGAGCUGUGUGUGCGUGCGCGCCACGGACACAACAGGCAGGGCCUGUGGGGGAGGAUAGGUAGAGUUUCGAGGGGCAAAGUGAGGUUCUCUGAUAGACAGAUCAAUUAUCCAAUCCCGUGAUGGCUGGGUGAUGUUUGUUAAUACACAUUGAGGGUGCAUCCUGUGCACGCUGUAAAGGCUCAGGAGUCACUUUUUCUGUCCCUCUGUCUGUCUCCGUCUGUCUCUGGGACUGUUGCUAGGACACACCUAUUCCGUCUCAAAGACGGUCACAAAAAUACACGGUUUCUGCUUCUUGGAUACAGUGCGUCUGUCUGGCUCCCUAUCUGUGUAUUGUAGUUGCCAGGAUACAUUGUCUCUAGGAUACAAAUUCUCUGGUUCUUUCUCUCUGUCUCACCACUGUUUUCCUUCUUUCUCUGUGUCUCUCUCUUGCUUCUCUCUCCCGCUGUGACACUAUGCAUCAUGGUCCUUCACUACACAUGGCCUGUGUCUGAUUGGCUAAACUCUUUGGUCAAUGGAGUCCCAGGGAAACGUUAUAUGAUGCUUUAUUCCAAGUGGGGGAGUUGUAGGAUCUCACAAGCGCUAUCCCAAAGCAAAAAAUAUCCAAAUAAUGUUUGACAAACGCAGAUACCAAAGAUAACUCUCUCUGUCCUGUCACACUCUCUCUCUCUCUCUCUCUCUCUCUCUCUCUCUCUCUCUCUCUCUCUCUCUCUCUCUCUCUCUCUCUCUCUCUCUCUCUCUCUCUCUCUCUCUCUGUGUCUCUCUGUGUCUCUCUCUCUCUCUGUCUCUCUCUCUCUCUCUCUCUCACCCUGCAGCUUGUGUAUUAAGAGAUAAACCCAGCACUGGCUUUAGCCCUAGCCCCAGUAAUUCCAAAGCUUAGAUGUAUAUUUUGGUAUAUUUCUGAGAAAUCUAAAUGGGAAAAAAAGUCUGUUGUUUUAAAACAACAAUCUUGUCUGUUUGGUGUAUCGAUCUUUUUCUGUCACAGCAUGGAACUAAUUGCAGAAUUGUCUUACUCUUGGUAGAUUAAAGAUAUAGUAUUUUUGUAUGUUUUGGGGUGUGUAAAAAAAUUAUGUGUGUGUGAAUAUAUCAGUUAACACGGCCCAAGUGUCAAUGGUUUCAAAAAGAAAACUAGCAGAAAAUUUUUUGAGAAAUGCAUUCUGUAAAAUUAUUGAUAAUUCUCCCUCUGUAAACCAAGCUUGGGCUAAACUAAAGGAAUGUGCCCCUAUCUUCUGACUAGUUUUUCCUCUGAGUACACCGUCUGUCACUCUAGAACUCUGGGAGCCAUGCUGUCGUUGUGACGCGCGGUUCCACUGUUACACCAUGGACUAGAACACUGCUUACUGUUGCCACGGGGACACAUGCCUCAUAUCCAACUAAGAACUCCCCCCCAGACAUGGCGGUUGGCAGCAUAUAGAACUGAAAGAUUGUGUAGAACAUUAAGUAUGUGAAUCAGGAUACAUGGUAGAUUUGAUGCAUUUGUCUGCUGUAUUUUUGUUUGAGUUUUUUAUAUGUAUAUAAAGAUGAAUCUUUUACUGUAACUGUACAGUUCUCUUUUGUUGUAAACGUCAUUAAACCAUUUUCCAGGUGUUUUAACAUUGGAA